GUGGCGACGGAAAAAAAAUGGUAAAAGAAGAAAAAGGUCCAGGCGAGAGAGCCGGAGGAGAGAGAAAGAAAGCGAAAGAGGAAAACGAAUGAAAGGUGAAAUCUUUCUAUUCUUGGCUUCAUGUCCAACCUUCUCAUCCUCCAUCUUUAUCUCUCUUCACCGCUGCCAAGGCCCUCCUCCGCCUCAAUUCCUUUCGCCGCCGCAUCCACUUAACUCUUUCAUCCUCUCCGGCGAGUCCCUCCACCGGGGAUUUGCAGGAAGUUCACAUAUCCAGCGAAUGCAAUUGUUAUUUGGUUAUAAUGGGCUGCGUGGCUUCGAAAAAGGCGGAACCUUUGACGCCGGCCGAGUCCUAUAAUGCCUCUGGCAAUCUCGAGGGUUCGGUAGGGAUUUUGAAUUCGGCAUUGUGGAAUAGGAUUGAGGUUGACCGGAGCGAAUCAGGGGAGUCAGGGCAGGUUAGCUCGAAUGGCACUGAUUCACAGAAUUUCAAGUUGGGAAAUUUCAACAAACACGUUGAGGGCGAGCUGGUGGCGGCAGGUUGGCCUUCUUGGUUGAGUUCUGUUGCGAGGGAGGCAAUUCAGGGAUGGCUUCCGCUUAAAGCUGAAUCCUUUGAGAAGUUGGAGAAGAUUGGUCAGGGAACCUAUAGCAGUGUGUUUAAAGCUCGCGAACUUGAAACUGGAAGAUUUGUUGCUCUGAAAAAGAUCAGAUUUGACAAUUUUGAACCAGACAGUGUCAGAUUUAUGGCAAGAGAAAUAUUCAUCAUUCGCAGACUUAACCAUCAAAAUAUUAUGAAGCUGGACGGUUUGAUCACUUCCAGAUCCUCAUGCAGUAUAUAUCUUGUAUUUGAAUAUAUGGAGCAUGAUCUUGCAGGCCUAUCUUCUUCUCCUGAUAUCAUAUUCAGUGAAUCACAGGUGAAGUGUUACAUGCAGCAACUAUUGUCUGGUCUUGAACAUUGUCACUCACGUGGCAUUAUUCAUCGAGAUAUCAAGUCUGCUAAUCUUCUAGUUAACAAUGAGGGCAUUCUAAAAAUUGCUGAUUUUGGCUUAUCAAACUUCUUUAAUCCCGCAAAUAGACAACUUACUGGCCGAGUUGUAACUCUUUGGUAUCGUCCUCCUGAACUCCUACUGGGUGCAACAGAAUAUGAACCAAGUGUGGAUAUGUGGAGUGUGGGUUGUGUAUUUGCAGAGCUUUUCCUUAAAAAGCCUGCCUUGCAAGGAAAGACCGAGGUUGAGCAGAUUCACAAGAUAUUUAAGCUUUGCGGCUCUCCUUCAGAUGAAUAUUGGAGGAAGUCCAGGUUGCCCCAUGAGACACUUUUUAAACCCCAGCAAGCUUAUCAAAGUCGCCUUCAGGAGACAUUUGUAUGUUUACCUGAAAGUGCGUACAAAUUACUGGAAACUUUUCUCUCUAUUGAACCUCAAAAGCGUGGCACAGCGACAUCUGCUCUUUCAUCUGAGUAUUUCAGAACGAUGCCCCGUGCAUGUGACCCAUCAUGUUUGCCUAAAUAUCCUCCCAAUAAGGAGAUUGAUGCAAAAAAUCGUGAAGAGUCACUCAAGAUAAAGUUCACUGGUGCACCACACCCAUUGGAAAUCGCUAGAAGACCUCCAAGGUCAACCAGAUCAGUAAAAUCAAGCGUAUCUAGUAAAUUAUCGCGCUUGGAGGAGCCAUGGCUCAGAGCUGAAAAUACCCAGAAACAUGUAGGAAGGCAAAAUUCAGCUCGCGUGAAUGACGAGGCUGGACUAUUUGUAGAUAUGCCGCAAAAAGAUGUAAUUAAUACUGCAAAUGAGGAUCGAAAAGCAAUUCUCCAUUAUGGAGUUGACAAUGGCUUUUCGGCGCCCGUGUCUUUUGAUGCUUUUAGUGGCUUCACAUUAGCAAAGAAUAGGAGAGAAGACCAAGCUUCUGUUAGAUCUCAUAGUAAAUCCAGUUCAAAAUGUGAUAUUCCAGGAGUGCUGGAUUCAUCAAAUGUUCUGCUAUCAAAAAUUUAUCCUGAUCCUAUUGUACAUGCAAAAGGAGAUGCACUUGGAUUCUGUGCAUAUUCUAAAAUUGAAAAGGCUUCUGAGAUUGAAAGGAACUUGAUGGUGCACCAAUGGGUGCAACUCGGGCAUCCAGAACUAGACAAUCAGUCUCAUGAUUCAACUUAUACGGAUUGCAACAUAGAUGCAUUAUCUUCCAAGCACUGUAAUAUGGGUUAUAAGAAGCCAGAUGACCGGGUUGAGUUCUCGGCACCGCUACUUUAUCAAUCACGCAAAGUAGAUGAACUGUUGGAAAAGCAUGAACAGCAAAUACGCCAAACAGUUCGUCGAACGUGGCACCAGAAAGAUAAAGUGUUCUAAAGCAUUAUUUGCCUGAAGAUUUCCACCCUGGGAAGAAACAAGAAGGCUGGUAGUUCCAUGUGCAUUUUGUUUCAACUAAGGGUCCAUUUGACUGCCUGUAGAUAAAAAAUAUAUUUUAGAAAGCAACAAUUUUGCUUUCAUUUAUUUUUUUUCUGUGAAAAUGAUAUAUUUGAGGGGUUUGUAGUCCUUAAAAUUCAUGUUGAUUUCUGAUUACAACUUAGCAAGCUAUUGAAAACUUGAAAAUUUUAUCAUUUUUUUA